AUGGCGAAGAAAGGAGGAAAGAAUAAGGGCAAGGGAAAGAAAACCGGUGGUGCCGCUGCCGCUGCCACUGCCAACAUGCCCACCGAGGCCGUGAACCUUGCGAAGCCAAAACUAACAGCCUCGGUGGAUAGCGCCCCUACCCAACAGGUCGAGGAGACCAUCGCAACGACGGAGGAUAAGGUGGAAAGUAUCCCUACCCCAGCGGUGGAGGCGGCUUCCUCUGUUGCGCCGGCGACUACUGUUGCCACCACUGCUGAGUCGGCCACCAAGGGCCCCGCGACUGCCCCGCCAAACUUCACGGAGGCCGCUUCGAACGCAGCCAAGAUCGCGUUCCCCACGACCGAAGGACAGACUAUCCAAGAUGCUGUGGACAAGGCGCAAGCAUCGAAGAUGGGCCGGAUUGGAUCCCUCGAGGGUGAGGCCACUAAUGUUCUGCCCGAGACGACGGUUAAGGAAUCCACGUUGACCACUGGUACUGUCGAGUCUGGUGCUGCUACCUCCACCGCGCUGCCGGAUCGAUCCAAGGAGCUGGAGACCGCUGCGGAGGCCCACAAGCGACCUCAUGAGAACGGACUCACUACCAAGGAGGAAGACCAGAAGCCUCCCAAGAUUGCCAAGAUGGACGAUGUGCCGGCCGUGAAGACCGCUGCGCCGCCUGUUGCGGUGGGAAAGGAGAACGUCGCCACUGCACCUGUCGCUCCGGCUGGAACAACUCUCGUGCAGCCCCAGAUGGUCCCCGGGCUUGGUGCGGAUCCCACGGAUCAUACAUCCAAGUCUCUUGAAGUGCCCGGUCUUUCCGACGUGAGCAGUAAGGAUGCUGCGCCUGCGGCUUCUCCCGCCUCGAAACAGCCCCAGGCGGUUGAGGCGGUUGCGGACGCAGCGGAGAAGAAGCUUGCCCCGGUGGAAACCCAGGCGAAGGAGGAGACUGUGAGCAAGCCGGUGGCUGCCGCAUCUGGCAUUGCUGCUACAGGCGCUGCCGCGACUGUCGGCGCCUCGACCAUUGACACUGCAAAGGAGGAGACUGCUGGCAAGCCUGUGGCUGCCGCAUCUGGCAUUGCUGCUACAGGCGCUGCCGCGACUGUCGGCGCCACGACUAUUGACACUGCGAAGGAGAUGCCGGCUGUGACCAAGCCCUCCGCUGAAGCUCCUGUCACGGGCCCCACCUUGACGUCAACCCUCGAGCCCGUCAAGGAGAAGGUAACUGACGUGAAAGAGAAAGCAAAGGAAGCUGUUAAAGGCCCUGAAACCCCCCCUGUCGCAGCGGCGCCUUCCGCGGCAGCGACUGGCGUGACUGGCCUUGACACGAGCAAGGCCACCUCGACGGUGGAUGCCGCCAAGGAGCAGGCUAAGGAAGUCACCCCCCCUGAGCAGGCUCAUACGGCACCGGCCGUGAGCCAACCCGGGACUGCAACCACCGCACCCACGGGCACCGCUGAACCCAUUGGCAUGCCGUCCAGCAUCUAUCCUCAGGCCGAGAAAGCCAAAGAGGUGGCACAGGAGGCCCAACCGACCAAUCCAGUCGCGUCGCCAGCCGCCCAAGCCGCCCGCGCAGCCCACGAGGCCCAGACCGGAACUGAUAGUACCCCUGCCGCCCAACCCGAAGAGGGCAAGACUGUUCCCGACCAGGCCCAGGAUGUUGCGGGUAAGGAAGCAGCCAAGAUCGAGAAGCGCAAGAGUGGUGGUGGCUUCUGGGGAUGGGUCAAGCGUAAGGUUAAGGGAGCCUGA